GAUAUCAGAAAAACGACGAGAAAUAACAACCCACGUUGGUGGGUAUAUUUUCCCGACACCUUUCUCUUUCUCUUUCUCUUUCUCUUUCAAACAGUUUACGAUCGGAUCUGAGAAUUAUUUUUUCAAGAAAAGAAAAAAGAUAAAUUGCAAUUUGCAAAUAAAGUUUUCCCACUUUUCUAAGUUCAUCGCCUCUCGCAUUUUAUCACUCACUCACUCACUCACUAACUCACUAACUCACAUGAUCAUUUCCUUUGUUCGCAUUCCAACUUCACUCUUCUUUCCAGGGUGUUAGCAUCAAUCCCAUUAAUGGAAUCUGUUGGUGAUGCACUUAACUUGGUGAUGAAAUCUCAGAAUUCUGCUUGUAUAGUUGGCAAAAAAUUUCUCUCUCCUUCAGGGGAAAGUUCCAGUUGCAAUCAGGUUUCUGGGUUUGAGUCCAAAUGUUCUAUUAAGCAUCCUGUUAAGGAUUCCGAGGCCUGUGACUCAAGAAGUUCGUUGGGUCCGGCAGCUUUUAGGUUAGGCCAUGGCACAGAUGACGGACAGCUAAAUAACCAAUUAGCUUCUCAAUCAGCAAUCAGUUUUUGUCCUAGCCCUCCAAACAGUUUUCACUCUGCCAACCAGUCUAUAGAGGCCAAAGACACCAUCACGGAAGCAAGUGAAUGCCACAGUAGUAUUGAGAAAUCGAGUGAAAGUGGUGAGAACAGUCAAUCCUUUGACUUUGUUGAGAGUAGGAAAGUGAGUAGUACUUACAGAUGCAGCACAGGAAGUGAUGUUAGCGAUGAAAGCAGCUCCAGUAGCAUGAGUAGCACCAUGUACAAGCCUCACAAAGUUAACGAUGUUAGAUGGAUUGCUAUUCGCAAAGCUCAAUCUCAUUACGGGCUACUGCAGUUGACCCAUUUCAGACUUCUGAAACAGUUGGGAUGUGGAGACAUAGGGAAGGUGUAUCUAUCUGAAUUGGUUGGGACCAGAACUCAUUUCGCAAUGAAGGUCAUGAACAAAGCAGCUUUAGAGAGCCGAAAGAAACUUUUGAGGGCUCAAACGGAGAGAGAGAUUCUUCAGUCCCUGGAUCAUCCAUUCUUGCCCACAUUGUAUACACAUUUUGAAACAGAGAAUCAUUCUUGUUUGGUGAUGGAGUUCUGCCCUGGAGGUGAUCUGCAUUCACUUAGGCAGAGACAACCUCAUAAAUGCUUUACUGAACAUGCUGCAAGAUUUUAUGUUGCAGAGAUUCUCCUUGCCUUGGAAUAUCUACAUAUGCUUGGUAUUAUCUACCGGGAUCUAAAGCCAGAGAAUGUGUUAGUUAGAGAAGAUGGACAUAUAAUGCUUUCUGAUUUUGACCUUUCUUUAAGAUGUGCGGUUUGCCCAACGCUUGUUAAGUCAUCAAACUCAAGCCUGGAAUCGAAAAGUUCAGCAUACUGUGCUCAACCUGCUUGUAUAGAACCAUCUUGUAUCAUUCAGCCUGCGUGUUUUUCACCACGUUUCUUAUUCAACAAGCACAAGAAAGCAAAGAAACCGAAACCAAAGACUGAUCUAUAUUCUCAAGGCUGUCCUCUGCCAGAGCUCCUUGCUGAACCGACAAAUGCUCGAUCAAUGUCAUUUGUUGGAACUCAUGAGUACUUGGCACCUGAAAUCAUUAAAGGUGAAGGGCAUGGCAGUGCUGUAGAUUGGUGGACCUUUGGAAUAUUUCUGUAUGAGUUAUUGUUUGGAAAAACACCAUUUAAAGGGCAGGGAAACCGUGCUACAUUGUUUAAUGUGGUAGGACAGCCUCUAAGAUUUCCAGACAACCCUUGUGUAAGCUUUGCAGCAAGAGACUUGAUAAGAGGUUUGUUGGUAAAGGAGCCUCAACACCGCCUUGCCUAUAGACGUGGUGCCACAGAAAUCAAGCAGCAUCCAUUCUUUCAGAGCAUCAAUUGGGCACUAAUUCGCUGUGCUACCCCGCCUGAUGUUCCAAGGCCUUACACCCUUUCACCUGCUAAUCCACCUGCCACAGCUUCUAAGGUAGUGCAACCCUCGGCUAAUUAUGUUGAGAUUGAUUUCUUCUGAUCAUUCUGUGUCACCUUUUGUUCGAUCAUGUCACAUAUCUCAUAUCAGAUUCUUGUUCAUAAAAUCACUGCAUAAUGCGCUUGUAGUAGAUACGAAUAACCCAUUUCACAAAUAGCAACUCUUAUUGAAUACAUACUGGAAUUUCUGUAUAUUUUACAUUCUUUUAUUCUAACCAAAAUUCUUCA